GUCCAUGAAACUAACUCGAUGAUCAUUUUUUUUCUCGAACAUACAAACAAACAAGGGGAGACCUAACAGUUCUCAAAAGGAACAAGAAAAGGAAAAAAGGCCAAAGGAACUCGAUGAUCACUUGGAGAUUGGAUUGGCACUGGCAGGACUAUGGGUUGAUUUGCCCUAGCAUGCGGCUCGACAUGGCAGAACCGGACCGCUAAAAGAAAAACGAGAAGCGGAGGCGAUCGAAGCCCCAGUCGCGUCGACGAAGCACCCUCCUCCAUCCGUCCAUCCAGGGCGAGACAACCCCUCGUGUUGGCGAUGUUCCGAUCUGCCAUGGGAACCGCUCUCCGGCAGCCGUCGCCGGCUCCUCGCUUCUGCCGCAGCAGCAGCCCUGGAUGCAGCGAAACCAGGCGGAAGAUGUGUUCUGAUGGCACGGAUGGAUCCGAGUGGAAUGGUGAAAUCAGGAGUUCAAUGGCUUAUUUUUAUGAAAAGCUCCCCUGGUCGGAGGUUCUGUUUGGCACCAUUGCCGCUAUCUGCAUGCUUACAUACAGGCACAAUGUGAGACGAGAAACAAUACAUGGAUAUAGACACGAAGACACAAAGGAGGAGAAAGAGCAGGUGAAGGUGGACAAAAUCGACAUUUCUCUAUGCUAAUCUCUUUGCGCAUCCCCAGCAUACACCAGUUACCUUGGGAAGCUGGUACGAACAGAUAAUACUGAGCUGGUGUUCAAUUGGAGAUCAGUGACAGACAACGUAAAGAUGCUGUCAAACAAGAUAAUGCUGAGCUGGUGUUUAAUUGGAGAGUGACAGAAAAUAUAAAUGAUCACUUGGUCAGUUUACUGUUCCUUGGUAGAAAAUGGCUGUUUUCACUUAAGUUAUAGUCGGACAGGUUAUGAAUGAUUAACUGUAUCAUCAGUUCAUUCGAUUUUUAUCAAAAGUAACUAGCAAUGACUUUCUUUCUGUUUCUCUGUGGAACAAUUUUCU